UCGACACCAAUAAAGAACGAAAGAUGAGCUCAAUUUCGAAAACUAAAGAAGAGAAAUGUUACAACUCCACUUUUAAUCUUGUAGAUAGAGAGGAUGUAUUAGACUUCUACUGUGAUGGUUUCGCGUCUGGAAAAGCUCUGAUGUCCUGCGGUCAUGCUGUGACCCCAUCCUCUCUAACCAACUGGUGUCUUUGGUUGUUGGAGGAGGGUGAAAGCAACUUUGUGUGUGCUCUACCUGGUUGUGAUAUCAUAUGGCCUUACGAAGAGGUUUGUAAAAUGGCUCUUUUGACUGAGGAAAAGGAGUACUUUGGACAAACCAUGGCCUUGAAUGCUAUGAAGCAUCAUUUUGAUUACAAAUUAUGUCCUGGAUGCAGUUCAUCUGUUGUGAGAAAGGAUGUAUCUAACCUGAGUGUCUGCUGCAGCUGGUGCAGCAAAGAAAAAGACAGAACCUAUGAGUUCUGUUGGCAGUGUUUGAAGGAAUGGAAGGGUCCACGGCCUCGGUCAGACCGCUGUGACAAUGUUGGCUGCUCCAACGAAACACUUCAAAUAUUGAAAAACUGUGAAGAUAUCAUCUUUGAGUCUGUGAAUAAUGUCAGUGGUUGUCCCUGCAUCCGUGCUUGUCCCACCUGUGGCGUGCUGGUGGAGCAUAACAAAAAGUGUAAAAAUAUUGUCUGCCCAACAUGUAAGAAGGAGUUCUGUUUUGUGUGCCUGAAACUCACAAGUGAAUGUGCAGGAAAAAGAGGAAUGCAUUUCGGACCUUGUGCCGAUGGUAUGGUGGCCCCAAGACAGACCUCUAUACCUACGUGGCAAAAGCAAUAGAUUUAACAGCGUCUUUUUUCUCUCUCUCUUCUUUGUUUGCUUUGCUCUGUUUUCCAUCAAUCUCUGAUUUUGAAAUGGCAUCCCUUUAUUUUAAACAUGUUUUGUAAAAUCUUGUGUAAAACUCUGUCUAUUCAGCAUCACAAAGUAUUGAAAUUGUUAUGAAAAGAAAGCAAGAUAGAAUCUGUGGUUUUCUCUGUAGGAGUGUAGGCUCUUUACCUUAUAAUAUAAAGUUCCCUGAGAUGACUGUUGUUGUGAUUUGCCACUAUAUGAAUAAAACAGAAUUGAAUUGAAUUAAGUUGAAAGUCUUAUGUCUAUAUUAUUAGGCUCAGAAACUGAAAAAGUUAGAAAAACUAACUCUGGUUUUGAAACUUCAGUAACAGAAAGUUCAGUGUUUGUAGAGGCUGCAUGCUUUUCCCUCUCCUUCCCCUGUCCUUUCAGUUUUCUCGAGAACGUUGCCAAUUGGUUCAUUUGGUUUUCACCGGUUAUCCUUUCACCUAUUUUAAUGAAAGUAAACACCGAACCUGUCCUCUACACACACCACAGAAUGCCCGCCAUUUUGUUUUAAUUUAAUCUUUAUCACUUUCAGUUUCUCUCCAGCAGUUAUGAGAAGUCAUGUGACUACAGAUUAGCAGCCGUGAUUAUUUUAUACACUUUUAUUUUACUUAAUCCCUGUUAGUGCUGUUGGGAGUCGAGGUUUAUGCAUUUAUUUUAUGACUUAUGGGUUUUAUUGCACUACUUUUGGAACCUGGCACCAUGUAGUCAAACUAUACCUGAUCUAACUCUGGGUGGAUUAUCUUACUUGGAGAGUUUGUGGGUUUAAAAAUGGUAAAUGGCCUGUAUUUAUAUAGCGCUUUACUAGUCCCUAAGGACCCCAAAGCGCUUUACAUAUCCAGUCAUCCACCCAUUCACACACACAUUCACACACUGUUUAUUGUGUUGCUUUUGCCAUUGUGGUGUUCUGAAUGUGCAUCAAACUGGAUGUUAAACUGGAUGUUAAAAUGCUUUAUUUUUUGUAUUGUUAUACAACCUGUCAGAGUUUUACCGCUGAUACUGCUGGAUAAACAGAAACUCUCUCAGGAAAGAGGUCACACAGAGCUCAAGGUUUCACUCGCGAGACGGAAGUAGUUGUCUUCAACCCACUUCAACUUGCUUCCCCCUGCAGGUUGUUUUUAUUGUUUACACACAUGGAUAUUCAUAAAGCUUGUUGCUGUAUUAACUAAGACAAAUUACUAUAUAUGGUUACAAAGUGUGUUGUGCAAGCGUGGUUAUACGAUGUGAGUGCAGCCCUCCCAGGAUGUUGUCGUUAUCUUGUCCCGCCAGGUGGCUUCCUUCAUUGAAUAGAGUCUGUUCUUCUCAAGGCUGCUUAAUCCCUUUAUGGAGGUCGUGUACAUACACAUAUUCAUGGGUUACAUAGGAAGCAAACAAAAGUAUUCUAGCUUUUUAAAUGGCAAUGUGUAGCUUUUAAAUGGCAAUGUGUAGCUUUUAUGUAGUUACUAUGGACUUACUGCAUACAUAUUAUUACAAUUUGGGCUAUAA